AUGCCUGAUGAAUUCUUCGGGCAUCCCGUCGGCCCACAGUAUGUACCCCAAGGAUUCUAUAUCGAAGUUCAUGAAACGUGCUGCGGUAUGCUGUUUGAACUUGUAGCGGUGUUACAAAAUCCCACGAAGAGUAAGGAGUUGUUCAACACAGCUGCUUCCGCGGCGAAACCCACCCUGGUUUGGGCCGGUGCAGGUAUCUCUGAUAACUUCGAAGCGACUAAGUAG